AUGAUAAGUUCAUCAGCUAUAAAUCGUACAAAGAUGUUACUGAAUCAUCUUCGUACUUUUGCAACUUCAUCAAAAUUAUCAAAUAAAAUAAAAGUUAAAAAUCCAAUUGUUGAAUUAGAUGGUGAUGAAAUGACAAGAAUUAUUUGGGCAAAAAUUAAAGAUGAAUUAAUUCAUCCUUAUUUAGAUGUUGAUUUAAAGUAUUAUGAUUUAGGUAUUGAAUCAAGAGAUGCAACAGAUGAUCAAAUUACGAUAGAUGCUGCUCAUGCUAUACAAAAAUAUGGUGUUGGUGUUAAAUGUGCAACAAUCACACCAGAUGAAGCAAGAGUUAAAGAAUUUAAUUUAAAAAAAAUGUGGUUAUCACCAAAUGGUACAAUUAGAAAUAUCUUGGGUGGUACAGUUUUUAGAGAAAGUAUCAUCAUUCCUUGUAUACCAAGAUUAGUUCAAGGAUGGAAAGAACCAAUUGUUAUUGGUAGACAUGCAUUUGGUGAUCAAUAUAAAGCAAAAGAUUUAGUAAUUAAAGAACCAGGUAAAUUGGAAUUAAGAUUUAUUCCAGAUAAUGGGGGAGAAGCAGAAACUCAUUCAGUUUAUCAAUAUAAAGGACCAGGUGUUGGAUUGGCUAUGUAUAAUACCGAUGAAUCAAUAACUGGGUUUGCUCAUGCUUCAUUUAAAAUGGCCUUAAGUAAAAAUUUACCAUUAUAUAUGUCCACAAAAAAUACUAUUUUGAAAAAAUAUGAUGGUAGAUUUAAAGAUAUUUUUCAAGAAAUUUAUGAUUCAGAUUAUAAACAACAAUUUGAAAAACAGGGUUUAUGGUAUGAACAUAGAUUAAUUGAUGAUAUGGUUGCUCAAAUGAUUAAAUCAAAAGGUGGAUUUGUUAUGGCUUUGAAAAAUUAUGAUGGUGAUGUUCAAUCAGAUAUUGUUGCUCAAGGUUUUGGUUCAUUAGGUUUAAUGACUUCUGCAUUAAUGACUCCAGAUGGAUCAGCUUAUGAAUCUGAAGCUGCUCAUGGUACAGUAACAAGACAUUAUAGACAACAUCAACAAGGUAAAGAAACUUCAACAAAUUCAAUUGCUUCAAUAUUUGCUUGGUCAAGAGGUAUUGCUCAAAGAGGUAAAUUAGAUAAUACUCCAGAAGUUGUUGAAUUUGCUAAUAGAUUAGAAAAAGCAACUAUUGAUACCGUUCAAGAAGAUAGAAUAAUGACAAAAGAUUUAGCUUUAGCUAUGGGUAAAACUGAUAGAUCAAGUUAUGUUACAACUACUGAAUUUUUGGAUGCUGUUGCCAAUAGAUUAAAACAAUAA